CAGGUUCCAGGAAUUCCCCACUCAGCUCCUGAUCCCCCACUCUCCCAGCCCCAUAGCUGCUCUGGGCCCAGCCCCUACCCCUGCCCCAGCGAUGGCUCCCAGAGCCCCAUGGUCCAGCCCUAGCCCUAUCCUGGCUGCUCUGCUCAUCUCCUCUUUAGUGCUGUGCCCGGCCCAGGCCAUCGUGGUUUACACAGACAGGGAGGUCCACGGCGCUGUGGGCUCUCAGGUGACCCUGCACUGCUCCUUCUGGUCCAGCGAGUGGGUAUCAGACGACAUCUCUUUCACUUGGCGCUACCAGCCCGAAGGGGGGCGUGACGCCAUCUCGAUCUUUCACUAUGCCAAGGGACAGCCGUACAUCGAUGAGGUGGGGGCCUUCAAGGAGCGCAUACAGUGGGUGGGGGACCCGCGCUGGAAGGACGGCUCCAUUGUCAUUCACAACCUGGACUACAGCGACAAUGGCACCUUCACCUGUGACGUCAAGAAUCCGCCCGACAUCGUGGGCAAGACCUCCCAGGUCACCCUCUAUGUCUUCGAGAAAGUGCCCACGAGGUACGGGGUCGUGUUGGGAGCUGUGAUCGGGGGCGUUCUGGGGGUGGUGCUCCUGCUGCUGCUGCUCUACUUCCUGGUGCGCUACUGCUGGCUGCGCAGGCAGGCUGCCCUGCAGAGGAGGCUCAGUGCCAUGGAAAAGGGGAAACUGCACAAAUCUGGGAAGGACUCCAAGCGGGGCCGGCAGACCCCGGUGCUGUACGCCAUGCUGGACCACAGUCGAAGCACCAAGGCCGCCAGCGAGAAGAAAAAGGGGCUGGGGGAGUCGCGCAAGGAUAAGAAAUAGCGGUUAGCGGGCCGGGCGGGGGGUCGGGGGUCCGGGGCCGCUGAGCCGGAGGCCAAGGGCGCUCGGGUGGUAGUCAUCGAGAUGGAGUUGCGCCGGGACGAGGCGGGCGCCGAGCUGCGGCCAGCGGUCAAGUCCCCCAGCCGGACCAGCCUCAAGAACGCCCUCAAGAACAUGAUAGGCCUGGAUUCGGACAAGUGACCGCUCCCCACCCCACCCCGGGCCCCGCCGGAGCAGGGGGACCCUCCCCAGGUGCUUUCCUCCUAACUCCCCAGCCCUGCCCUCAACACCCACCCCCCCAAGAUGUAAGUUUCAUUCCAAAAGCCACCCCCCCCACCUCGCCCCUCCGAACUUUCUGGAAGCCCUGGAUCUAACCCCACCCCUCCCCGGCCCCAAGGGCUGUGUGUUUGGUGUCUGAACCUCAGGCGCUGAGAAGAAAGGGACCUUGAUACCCUCCUCCCUCACUCCCACUCCCACCUGGUUUUCCCAAUCCAGUCCCAAAAGAUUCCACUGCCCCCUCACCCCCACCUCCUUAGCUAACAUCCGGGUCACCCAGAGCAGAGUCUCUCCAGGGUUCCUUUUGGUUGUUGGUUUUUUUGUUUUGUUAUUGUUUUGUUUUUUAAUUCACCCUUGGUUUACCUGUGCAGUCCCCUCCCCCCAUGACUGAGCCCUCUAAUGACGUCAUGUGGUUUGGCAAACUUCACCCCCUACAUCUUGAGUCCUCUAGGACAGUUGGCCUGGAGCAGAGGGGGGCCCCCCCACUCCUUCCACCUUCACAGUAGGAAUGGUGGCCAGGACCACUUCGGAGCACUGUCCUGGGACUCAAGGUCAAGGGGAAAGAGAGAAUAGGUCCUCCAAAGCCAGGGAGUUGAAUAGCUGCCCCCACACACCCACCAGGAAAAACAAACAGGAAGGGGGGAGGGAGGCUGCCCUCCCAGCCACAGGAGACUCUUAGGAUUUUUUUUCUACAUUCUGUAUAUUUCUUCUCAAACUCCCACAUAUCCUUAAAUGUUUAAUAAACACUGACAUUUCCAGAA